CGAAUGACGCCGACAAUGGUUGCCAUGGUAACAUUGACAACCGCUACCCGUUUGUUUCUCUCAAAACAAACACAAAUUUCAUUGUCAAAACGGCGUUUCAGAAGCAUGCAUUAAAAAUUAAAGCGUUGAACAGAUAGAGAAAUGUUAAAAAUAGUAUAAGGGCGUUAAAAAGGACUGAAAAAAAAAAGGAAUAUAUCUGUGUAAGCGAAAAAUAUGGAAGGAAGAAGUACACCGAACCUUGGUGGAUUUGCUAACUCCGCUUUUCGAGGAGAUACACAAGUGCCAAAAUGGCUAGAAGAGAUUACAAGUACACUAUCCAAAGAAUACUAUGACGAAUCAUCAAGAAGAAGUUCCUUAAGUUCACCUGAUCAAAGCUUGUUUGGGCUAGCAUUUAGUGGUUCCAACAUCCCUAAUAGAAUACCAUACUUUGAGGGAAAAAUAGGAGAAUCCAGAAGUGCAACAUCGUCAGCUAAACAUGGUAGAAGAUCUUCGGUCGGAUGGGAUCUCUUACACAAGUCAUCUCCCAAUCACCUGACUAUAACCCCUGCGUACUACGUAGUACCGAAAAUAAGCGAACCUGUGGACCUGGCCAGUAUCAUCAAGCCGGACCUGGAAUUGGAGAAGUGCUGGAAAAGCUUGAACGACUUCAACCUGUCACACAAGGGUCGUUUAACCAGUACCGACAAAACGAGUAAACAAAGUAAAACAAAAUCGAAGGAUUCUGGACUGGUUGCUUCAGGUGAUGCUGUAUCUGGUUCAAGCUCCGAGUUCAAUUCUUCUCUCGAUGUUGACUCUACACCGGAACGAUGUAGAAGCGAAUUAUCUCAUUGUCUACCUUUGUACGAGUACGGUAGCAUCAGGAAAGCAACUGAGAGGCAUCUGAGAAGCAGACAUCUUGAAACCGAUUCUGACAGCUUGAAUUCCUAUGGAAUUACCAAGUCCAGAUCAUCGGAGACUAUUUUUGGGAGCAGUGUGAAGAGUUCUAGCGAUGACGUAGAAUCUAGCGGAGAAAAUAUUGAACCAAAUAAAAGGUAUAGCGAAAAUUUUGAGAGACGGUUGAGCAGCUACAAGUUGAGCCUUGCCGAAGAGGAAAAAUUAAGAGAAAUGAUGAUCAACGAGUUGCUCAGUGAGAACGAGAGAAUCACGAGUGCUUCAGAUGUGAGGCACAGGAAGCCAAGUGCGAAGUCUGAGCCAAAAAUUCAUCAAAAAGUUUCUAAAUUUAAGAGUAAAUAUUCCGAGAGAAGAACGAGUUUCCCUCAAGACGAGAAUUUCUAUCGGAAAUACGGAGGAGGCGAUGAAUUUAUUAUACCAGAACUACCCUGUGGAAAGGUAUUAAUUGUUGACAUUUCAACUACUUGGGGCGACAAGUACUACGUAGGUCUAAAUGGAAUCGAACUUUUUAGUGAUACAGGGGAGAUAAUAAAAGUUAAAACAAUUUACGCUGUACCUUCAGAUGUAAACGUUCUACCCGAGUGCCAAAACGAUCCCAGGGUUGUAUCCAAUCUGUUGGACGGCGUGAAUAGGACCAGGGACGACCUGCACAUAUGGCUUGCCCCGUUUUACCCGGGCAACAGCCACGUCAUCAGUAUGGAGUUUUUUGAGGUUACGACAAUCGCCAUGAUCAGGAUAUGGAAUUAUAACAAGUCCCGAAUUCAUUCCUACAGAGGUGUAAAAGAUAUAGUAAUGCUUUUGGAUAACAAAGCUAUUUUCAAAGGAGAGAUUGCCAAGGCUUGCGGAGAAAUUCUUGGCGGGAUACAUCAGUUUGGAGACACGAUUCUAUUCACGACUGAUGAAAUUAUUUUGGAGAAUAUAUCGUUGAAUGACACUUCAUUCUCUAGUCUCACAUCGCAACCUCCUUCGCCUCCUCAUAGGGACGACAGGCCUCCCACAUCGAUUAUGGAGAGUGAGGUAAGGCCGGUAACAGGGAAAUCUGUAACAAAAAAAGACAGCCUAAACAGCAGACAAGGUCACCUUACAACACCCUCUGGUGAUUCCCCUGAACAAAUACUCUUAGGGACGAAGAAAAUCGAUCUUGUUUUGAUGGAAAAUUGGGGAAAUCCACUGGCGAUUGGUUUAACUGGUCUGGAAAUCAUCGAGGGCACCGAUAAUUUAUUAAAGUGUGAAGAGAGAAAUUUGUCCUGCAACGUCACGACAAACUGUCUGGGAAAUUUAAUAAACAGCCAAAAUGUAUCAACACGCUGUAAAAACAUGUGGUGUGUCCCAAAACCACACGAUAAUGUAGUUAUUACUGUUACGUUCGACGAUUACAAGUAUAUUUCAGGUGUGCGUAUAUGGAACUACAAUGAGAACUUGCAGCUGUCCUACGUGGGCGUCAAAACUGUCAAAUUUCUGUUGGACGAUCGACCAAUGAUCAAUCCGAACAGUGAUGACGAAUAUUUUCUGUUAAGAAGAGCACCGGGAAAUGUAUUUUACGAUUUCGUCCAAGAAAUCAGGUUUUUCGAGAAUUCAAUCAAUCCAAAUAUGAUUCUUUUGAAUCCUGAGGAUGUUCACAACUGCGUGAUGGGUUUUGUUGUGGAAGUAGUGAUAUAUUCCACGUGGGGUGAUACAUAUUAUUGUAGUCUCAAUGGUCUAGAACUUUUCAGUGGCGAUGGCAGGAAAAUCAAGCUUGAUGAACAAAAUAUAUGUGCAUAUCCAGAAAGCGUGAAUAUUUUGCCCAACGUUUUUGGUGAUGUUAGAACUCCGGAUAAGUUGAUUGAUGAUGAAAAUUCUUGUGAUUCCGGAUGUCAUUCUUGGAUGGCUCCGGUGAUUCCCAAACACUUGAACAGGAUCUACAUAGUGUUGGAUGUGCCAGUGUCAAUUGCCUCUGUCAGAUUCUGGAACUAUUCCAAGACUCCAGCUAGAGGCGUCAAAGAUUUUGGGAUUUUAGUAGACGAUCUGCUCAUAUACAACGGAACGCUGAAACCAGCCGAAAAGAACAACCAAUACGAAACGGUUUAUUUGAUCGACAGCGGGGAAUCCCAGAGCGGUGACGAAGAAAACGACGAUCCCAUCACUAGGCAGAGCCUGAUGAUGGACCAGGAUCGAAUCAGAUUGACUGACAGAUCGAGCAAAGCAGAGGCAGAUCAAUCUUUACGCCCCCUCACUUGCAUCAGCCCCUGUUAUCGCGACUGACACAAUUUAUUGUUGAUUUUUAUUAAGAAAAAAGA